AAUUAGCAAUCAAUUCGGGGGGGGAAAAAACGCAAGCAAAAUAUCCGAGUAGUAAAUUACAUAAAAACCGCUGUUUAUCCCUGAAAAUACCGUCUUCAGCUGCUACCCCUGCUCAAAACCCUAACGCCAUCUUCUCUUUCGCCAAUCACUCACGCAGGGACAGAGACUGCAAGAAAAAUCUCCACACACACAAAAUCCCCAAUUCGACCAAUAAAGCAAUCAUGGCGACGCACUCACCAAAUCUGGAGUGUCGCAUGUACGAAUCGCGAUACCCAGAGGUGGACAUGGCAGUUAUGAUUCAAGUGAAAAACAUCGCCGACAUGGGUGCCUAUGUGUCUUUACUCGAGUACAACAACAUCGAGGGUAUGAUCUUAUUCUCGGAGCUUUCUCGCCGUCGGAUUCGGAGUGUUAGUAGCUUGAUUAAGGUUGGCCGCAUCGAGCCUGUCAUGGUCUUGCGUGUUGAUAAAGAGAAGGGGUAUAUUGAUUUGAGUAAGAGAAGGGUCAGUGAGGAGGAUAUUCAGACUUGCGAAGAGAGGUAUAAUAAGAGCAAGCUUGUUCACUCUAUCAUGAGACAUGUCGCUGAAACUCUGGGUAUUGAUUUGGAGGAACUGUAUGUCAAUAUUGGCUGGCCUCUGUACAGGAAAUACGGACAUGCUUUUGAGGCAUUCAAAAUCAUGGUGAAUGACCCUGAUUCAGUUUUGGAUCCCCUCACUCGUGAAGUCAAAGAAACUGGCCCUGAUGGACAGGAGGUAACCAAGGUAGUGCCUGCUGUGUCAGAGGAAAUCAAAGAAGCUUUGAUUAGGAAUAUCAGGAGAAGAAUGACCCCACAGCCACUGAAGAUAAGGGCUGAUAUUGAGAUGAAAUGUUUCCAGUUUGAUGGUGUUCUCCACAUUAAGGAUGCAAUGCGGAAAGCUGAGGCCGCUGGAAAUGCAGACUGCCCUGUGAAAAUUAAACUGGUUGCCCCUCCACUUUAUGUUCUCACCACACAAACCCUAGACAAGGAUCAAGGAAUAUCAAUUCUCACCCAAGCAAUUGCUGCAUGCACUGAAGCAAUAGAGGCGCAGAAAGGGAAACUUGUUGUGAAGGAGCCACCGAGAGCAGUGAGCGAACGAGAUGAUAAAUUGCUUACCGAGCACAUGCUUAAGUUGCGGAAUGCCAAUGAAGAGAUCAGUGGCGAUGAAGAUAGUGAAGAAGAAGAAGAUACGGGGUUGGGAGAUGCUGAUGUGGAGAACGCAGUAGGUAUAAUGGAGUGAAAAAGGCAGCGGAAACUGCUACUUUUUGUUUGGAAAAUCAUUUCCCCAAUUUUUUGGACAAGGUUUUGGGGGAAUUGUAUUGAUGAGUUCUUUUAACCAAUUUACUCAAUCAUUGAGCAGAUUUUAGGUGAGGAUACAUAACUGCCUGUUUAUUUAACUGCUGAACAAUUUGCUAUUCUCUGUCGUCUUUCUCGGGUGUUA